AUGGCCUGUCGCGAUCGCACUUCCCUCUUCAUCCGAUACCGGGAAAGUUUCCGUGGUCUGGCGUCUCGUCCAGACCUUGGGGAGUCAUACAGAGAGAAUAGCAAGCAUGCCAAGAAGAUAGACAAGCAGAAACUGCUGGAUGGCAACGGGGACAUUGAGAUGGGCGUGAUGAAUGAAGCUCCUUCGUGGGUCCGGAUGGUGGAAGGGACCAUGGCGUUGUUCGAGAUCAUCCGCACCAAGAAGGAGGAGCUAUCGAAGAUGAUGGGGAAGUCGAAGCGCAUCGGUUUCGACGAGGACAGCGAGAGGAGGAGGAGAGAGGAGAUCUCGUGCCUGGCGGAUGAGAUCUCAGACUUGUUCCGCAAGUGUGAGAGGAACAUUCAGGACGUGGCGAUCGGGCUAGACAAGAAGGAUGCUCAUGACCUCUCAAUGCGAAAAAACGUUCAGUCUUCGUUGGCAACGACUCUGCAUGAGCUCUCAGUGACUUUCAGAAGAGAUCAGAAGAGAUAUUUAGAAAAGCUCAAGGAGAACGAGGCUAAAUCACAGUACAAACCCGCCGUGAAGAAUGAAAAUUUCGACUUCGAAGAUUCUGGUUUCACACAAGCACAACUGCAAGAGUUGGAGGAUGUGGAAGAGUCUGUGCAAUUAAGGGAGAAGGAGAUUGAAAAAGUAGCUGAUUCCAUCAAGGAGCUUCAGACUAUCUUCAAGGAAUUGGCCGUUCUGAUCAUCGACCAGGGCAGCAUCAUUGAUCGCAUAGACUACAACAUCGAGAAAGCUUCUGAACACACGGCUAAGGCAUCUGAUGAGCUUGUCAAGGCAGAGAAGUCUCAACGUCGAAACCCAGCCAUGUGCUGCAUUAUAAUCCUCGCAGUGGCGCUGGGAAUGAUGUCCUUGAUUCUUCUCAUGAAGAUCCUGGGCUACAUUCACAUAUGA